AUGCCGGACACGGGUAUUGCUUUGUGUUUGAUAGCGUUGGACGUGUCGUAUAUGCUUUGGAAGCUGCUCUCCGAAGGCCACGUGGCCUGGAGGUUCCUGUUGCUCUGCUGCUGCGUUUUCGCCUUCCUCCUCCGGCGCUACUGGCUCCUCUGCUUCAUCCUGAUGGAUUUCUGGUGUCAAAGCUCAGUGCUGGCGACGGUCUUCCGCGCGAUUUGCGCCCCACUGCGGUCCCUGGCCAUGACCUUCCUCGGGCUGGUGAUCAUCACCUUUGUCUAUGCGGGCAUCGGCUUUCGAUACUUCCGAGAUGACUUUCACCACUUCUGCGACGAGAACAUUGUGACGUGCACAGAGAACAUCCUAUACCAGGGCACGCGCGCCGGCAUCGUCGGCCUCAGCCUGAUGCUGAGCUCCACGAAGCCCGGGAAUCCAGAUUGGACGGAGCGGAUGAUGUACGACAUGAGCUACUUCAUCAUCUUCGGCGUCAUCGUGUUGAACACCAUUGUGGGUCUAAUCGUGGACUCCUUUGGUGCCCUACGCUUGGACAUGGAAGCACGGGAAAAUGACCAUCGGACGCAGACCUUCAUUUCCUGCAUCGACAGGCGAAACGUGGAGCAAGUGGCGCAGACGCGGGGUAUCGCCGACGGCUUUGACUACCAUGAAACGCAGCGACAGAACAAGUGGGACUACAUGGCUUUCAUCUUCCACCUCUGCGAGACAGAGCUGGAGGAGCUGACGGGACCUGAGCAUUACAUCCGAACCUUGAUGGACCGGGGCGACGCCAAAUGGAUCCCGAUCGGCCGGUCCAAGUUCCUGGAGGGCUCCGAUAUGGGAGUUCGGCCACAGGAUCGUUUUCUUCGUAUCUCAGAGCAAGCGGAAUAUCUGUCGCGCUUUGUCGAUGCGAAUCAAGACAGUUGGAAGAGCAUUUCGAAGUCGAUGACGUCCUUAGAUAUGGCUGUGCGCGAAAAGAUGGACAGCAUGCUCAACGAACUGAAAGACUUGCACAUGGAGCUCAAGCAGCAGCGGAUGCUAAAGGAGCUCCAGGCGGCCCAGGGCCAGGGCUUCGCGUAA